AAGAAGUGUCAUUGUUAUACUUCUUUCAGUAACACCCCUUCCUCUUGGUUGAGCCUCAUCUAUCGCAGAGACCACCUUCUUUGAAAACAAGCUAUCACCACAUAUCAAUGAACAUUCGGUCAGAAAAAACUCACUCACAUGCCGCCUGACCUUUUCGACUUUGCUGUUGUUGCCUAGGCCAUGUUCGACCGAGAUCACCGGCAGCCUAUAUCAUUCUCUGUGUCAGGUAGGUGUUGCUUCCAUACCUGGUACUGUUCACUUGCAAAAGAAGGGUUCACCACAGGACGUGACUAGGUUCUCGGUGAGUGCCACAGCAUACGAUGCUGCUUUUCCACUCUUGAAGCUGCUUGCAUGUCCGAGGUGGGGGACGCUUUGCAGCAGAGCGUGCAGUUGGGCCUUUGUUGUUGGUUCGACCCUUCAUCCACCACACCAACGAUCGUCCAGAAUCACCUCUCGGUCCCCUGCAUCAGGGCCCUUUGGGCCGCAGGCUAUCGGGCUUGUCGAAAAGCAGUCAAAAUAAAGCGGGAAAGGCAGCCAUUCCCUAAACUUACCACUUCCCUGGGUCACCCGGGGCUGGUAUCACUCUACCCAAGUCCCACAGGAGCGAUAUCACCGUGGCCUCACUGCGGGUCGGACUAGGCCGGCCUAUGUAGCGACCUUUGGUGUUGUUUCUCCUCAUCACCGGCCUCCGCGACGGAGCGCGUUUUGCGGGGUUUACACUGCACAGGCAAGCAACACUGCAAUUGUUUGUUUGUUGUGGUCUGUUCUCAACCGGUCCAGUAACUGCGCAAGUGGUUCUCUAUGGAUUCCAGAGGACCCGGGGGAAUGGCUUGUACUAGAAUAUCAAGACGAACGUGGGUUAAGCAUGUGACACAGCAGAGACGCAAGACAGAAAUCUCUGCCACUUCUUUGCGGGAGACAAAACACUAGCCAUGCUGCUACCCGAGCACCUCUCCCCCAGAAAGUUGAUCUCUGUGUGGCCACACCAUUUCUCGUGAACGUAUUGCCACAAGAGAGGCAAGCACGAUGAGUUUGGCACCCGCUGAUCCAGAAAACCGGAAAAAGAGGACAAAGACUGGCAUGAGCGAGUGUUUUCCCCGGUUUCUUCUCUGUAAGGCUGAUUUGCGGAUUUGGCUGCUGCCCAAGGGGGUAGUUAAGCAUGGCCCGCGUAAUGGGUAAGGCGACCUCUUCUUUUCUUCCUACCUAGGUAGGCUUCAUGCACGUCUCUGCUCUGGUUUCUCGGCCUAGGAGUAUUAAAGGGCUCUGCUUCCUCCAGACUUUCUUCUUCUGGAUUGAGUACUUGCAGGAAGGCUCUCGACCGCAGCCAACAGCUUGACAGAGGCCUCAAUACCUCCAGAGCCAACUCCUCACGGCCCAUUUAACAGCGGCUCGUUGGUGAAGUCGGUUUUCUCUUCUCUCUUCUUCUUUCUCUACACAGGAUUCUUCAGACAAUAUGGACUUCUCCCACCUCCUUCGGACGGCGCUGCCUCCGUUUGUUGGUAAUAUGAGCGCAGAAGACAACAAUGCCACCCAGAAUAUCGUCGAAACCCUCACGCCACUGCUCGGUUUGCAGUUCAACCCAUUUUUGAAUCUGUUCAUGAUUUUCUACGACUUGGCCGGCGGUCGCCUCGGCACACUGGGUUUAAACCCAGCGUAUAUUCUGACCUCAUUUGGACUGGCUUGGGCUUUCAACAAGACGUGGGUGCAUAUCUCCGCAAACGUCAUGUCAAUUCUGGGAAGGUAUUUUACCGCCUCGGUUCAGGUCAACAGCGGGGAUAACAUCUACGACCACCUGAUGAAGUUCCUCGCCAACCGGCAGGACAUGACCGAAUCUCGCUCUCUGACGGCAGAGACGUGGUUCAAGCCAACAUCAGAAGAGGCGGACGAGGCAGACUUGUUCCGGACCAAAAUCUCGCCCGACGGCGAAGGGGUCAACCUCAAUUUCUCCAACCAAGAGUCCAAGUGCCCCCCUCGUUUUACGCCCGCAAUCGGACUGCACAACUUUUGGUUCCGGGGCAAGUAUUUCGCGCUGAGCCGGCAGCAGGAGACGCUGCACACAGACAACAGCUGGGGCGGCUCGCAGUACAGGGACAGGGAGUCACUUGUUCUGUCCUGCUACGGCCGUUCGCCUGAGCCUAUCAAGCGCCUUCUCGAGCAUGCGAAGCAAGAGUACUACAGCGAACACAACGCCAGGACCAUUGUCAAACGUCCGGCUUCACAGAGCAUGAGGAGCUAUGGUGGCCGGCACAGCUGGUCCAUGGUGGCAAAUCGGCCGGUUCGCCCCAUGAAGACGGUGGUACUGGAUGAGAAGCAAAAGUUGCAAGUGCUUUACGACAUGAACGAGUACCUCCACCCUUCUACUCCGCGAUGGUAUGCAAAUCGCGGUAUUCCCCUCCGUCGAGGCUAUCUUUUCCACGGCCCGCCAGGGACAGGCAAAACGUCGCUGUCCUUUGCCCUGGCCGGUGUGUUUGGCCUUGACAUUUACGUUAUCUCGCUCCUUGACCCGUCUCUAACCGAAGAAGACCUUUGUGCGCUCUUCAACUCCCUUCCGCGUCGCUGUGUGGUACUGCUCGAGGACAUUGACACAGCUGGACUUGCUCGCUCGGGCGACUCAACUCCUGCUUCUGAAGACGGCGACGACAGUGACGAGAAGUCCAAGGACAAGCCAAAGAAGGACAAGGAUGCCAAAGACAAAAAGUCUUCGGAAUGGAACGUCGCCGACUUGGCCCGGGAGCUCAAAAAGCAGUCAUCGAGUGAAUCUACAGAUAAGAAAGGCAUUUCACUCUCUGGCCUGCUUAAUGCUAUUGAUGGCGUCGCCUCUCACGAGGGCCGGGUUUUGAUCAUGACAACUAACAAACCGGAGACACUCGAUGAGGCUCUCAUUCGCCCCGGGCGGGUCGAUCUUCAAAUCGCCUUUACCAACGCCACCAGGGAACAAACCUGUGAGUUGUUCAAGAGGAUGUACGACGCCGACCGGACCGCCACCACGCCUUUUCAAAAGGAGGACAGACCCCAGUCUACCGCCACCACCCGUCUCCGCUCCCGCCUCGCCUUCUUCCGUUCUCCCUCCAACAAAAUCACAAGGACCAUCUCCGCCCCGGUCGUUCGUCAGCUUCCCCUCAAUGACAACAGCGGCGAGAAAGACGGCAACCUAACCGACACAUCGGUCACCACAACAGCAGUCGACCUCGACUCUGACCUCUGCUCCCUCCCCUCCUCUGCCUCCCCAACAAAGAUAUCUUUUGCCCCGGAGGAAGUCAACAAGCUCCUCGCCGAGGAGAUUGACGACCUGAAACCCAUCACCCCGGAAGAACUCGACAAGAUCGCGCAGGGCUUUGCCUCCAAGAUCCCGGAGGGGCAGUUCUCGCCUGCUGAACUGCAAGGGUUUCUGCUCAAGAGGAAGAGGGAGCCGAGAAGGGCGCUGAGGGAGGUGGGUGUUUGGGUCGAAGGGACGCUGGAGCAGAAGAAGAGCAAGACCAAGGUCGUUAGGGUGCAAUGACUUGACGACAGAAAACCAGAAAGGCGCAAUUUCCCUGGAUGAUUUCUUUUUGCUUUUUUACACUUAAUAUUCUCUAGUUUGUUGUCUUCAUAUUUUCCGCACCAUGCGGGGACUUUCAUUGAGCAGAGCGGGGGGCACAGACGCAUACACGUGAGCAAAGAUUGGGUUUCAGCAACGAUAGGAUGUUUUUUCUCGGGGGUUAGGUUGGGUAGGUAGGUAGGUAGGUAGGUAGGAAGGAUUUGGAUAUGGACAUGGAAAGAGGAUGGAUGGAUGGGGGGGCGUUGGGGUUUCCUUUUCCUUUUUGUUCAUGACGGACGAUCGGUAUCUAUCUAUUGUGAAGUUUUGCUUUGUCUUCUUUUAGAAAUGCAGAACAUGAGAAUAUGAGGUAUAUGAAGUUCCUUGCAAAACGACUCUCAUCUCCAAC